AUGACCGGGAAAUACAAGUCAAAGGAUGAUUUCGAGCCAACCGACGCCCGCCGGUUCUACCCUCGUUACAACGACGAGAAUUUCCCUAAGAAUCUAAAGUUGGUAGAGAAGUUCCAGGAGAUGGCUGCACGUAAGGGUUGCACUUCUGGACAGCUUGCCCUGGCGUGGAUCUUGGCGCAGGGGGAUGAUAUCAUUCCAAUUCCCGGUACAAAGAAAAUCAAAUACUUGGAGGAAAACGUUGCUGCGAUUAAUGUGACGCUCAAUAAAGAGGAGGAGCAAGAUAUCAGGAAGAUGGUGAACGAGGCAGGAGUCGCUGGUGAUAGGUUCGAAUGGCUAGCUCCUUAUAGCGACUCCGCGCCUUUGUAA